UGAAGUUCAUGGAUCAUUCCAUUUAUUACUGCGAUGUAAACACGUGCCAUCCUUUUAAGUGGGAAGUCCAUGUUGCUUUUUAAAUUGAACUAUCAUGUUUUAAUGUUUUAUAUAAAAUUACAUUCACUUAUUAUACAUUUUGAAAUGUUUCUAUAUAAAUAGUGAUUAUAAUUUUACUCUUUUAAAAUUUAUAUUUGUAGUAUAAUUUUUAAUAUAAUAGAUAAAAUAAUUAUGCAAAAAUAUUACAAAUAUUACAAAUAUGGAGAUAUUAAUAAAAAAAGUGUAUAAAAAUUUAUAAAGUUUUUAAUAAAAAUUGUUUAUGUAUACUACAUAUUUUAUUCAGCGAUUUGUAAUUAAAAAUACGUAUUAAAAAUUUAUUUUUGCUAAUUAUUAUGCUAAUGUUUAUUGUGAUUGAUUUUUUCAAUUUAAAAGUUGUUUAAAAAAUAAAGCUAUGAUAUCGUGUGAUUUAGAUAAAAAUUAAAAUAAUAUUGUGCUUUAGUUUUUUAUAUUAAAUAUGACUUAAAUUAUAGUAUAAUUUUCAAAAUGGAAAUGUGGUGGUUUUCUCGAGUAAUAGCUCAUCAUCCUUAUACCAUUCUAAUGAUAAUACUUAUUUUUUCUUCAACAUGCUUAAUUGUUCCCUUAGCUAUUAAAAAAUUCCCAGACUUCUCAGAUCCUCAGUUAGGAUUUGAAGCAAGAGGUACAAUAUUAGCACAAAGACUUAUUGCUUGGCAAAAUUUAUUAGAAUCAAAUAAACCAAGAGGACAAUUAGUCGAUAAUCCUUUAGAAUAUUAUCAUUAUGUGCAACAAUUAAAUCAACAGAAUUUACAGAAUCCAAUUAUACAAAAUUAUAGUUGGAUUGAAAAAAAACCUAAAAAUAAGAAAAAAGGAGGAAAGAAAUAUCAAAAACAAAUUAAUAAAGAAGAAAUAGAUAAAAUUGAAAUUAAAGAUAAAUGGGAAGAAUUAAUAGAGUUAAAAAACAAAAAUAAAUUAGAUAUGACAAAGGAUUAUAAAAAUCAAGAUUAUAUUGAUAAUGAGAAUUUUUUUUGUAAUUUGCCAUCUUCUGCUUAUGCACGUGUUGUUAUUGGCAGAAACUCUAAAGAUUCAAAUUUAUGGUCAAUGGAAGGUGUAUUAGCACAAUGUUAUAUUGAUGCAGAGCUUAGAUCAAAUUCACAUUUUUCUUCUUUAUGUCAAAUGUCAAUAGAAUAUAAUAAUUCAAAACAAAAAUGUUGUAGAAGUUGGUCUCCAGCAAAUUAUGUUGCACUUCUAUCUAAUCGAAGUUCUUGUUUGGGUGUGACAGAGAAUGAUCUCAGUCGUGUUGAAACUCUUUUAAAAAGAUGUAUUUAUUAUUACCAAAAUCGUCGUUUAACAUCAAAUUGUGCAGAAGAUUUAAAUUGUCAAAAACAUGUUCCAACUGAAUGCUAUAUGCAUAAUGCAGCAUAUCAUUUGUUGCAUUACUUAUUGGAUACUGAUUUUAUUUCGGAUCGAGAGCAAGAUCCUCAGAAUAAGUUAAAUUCGACAUUAAAAUAUGCAAUGUUAUUUUUACCAAUUGCUGCAAGUUCAGCUACUUUAGAUUUUUAUAAAGGAUUAAAUGAUGUUGAUUUAUCUUAUGGAAAAUUUUGUGUAAAGGGAAUGCAUUUGGGUUUAAAAAGUAUAUUGUUUGAUCGACUAUUAGUGUCAGAUUCCAUUUUAUUACUUACUGGUUUUACCUUUGUAACAAUUUGCAUAUGGGCAUAUACUGGUUCUUUUUUAUUAACUGUCACAACCAUUAUUGCAGUAAUUUUUAGUCUUGGCAUUUCAUAUGCAUUUUAUACUUUACUUUUGCAUAUAAAAUUCUUUCCAUUUAUGAAUCUCUUGGCAAUUGUUGUUGCUGUAGGAAUAGGAGCAGAUGAUGCAUUUAUAUAUUGCAAAAUUUGGGAAAGAGGUAAAGAACAAAAAAUAUCAAAUAAUGGAUUGGUCAGAUUGGUACAAGAAACGAUGAAACAUGCUGUUCCAUCUAUGUUUGUUACAUCUUUAACUACUGCAGUAGCAUUUUUUGCAUCAGUUGUUAGUAAUGUUACUGCUAUAAAUUGUUUCAGUUUAUUUUCAGGAAUGACUGUCAUUGCAAACUUUUUCUUAAUGAUUACUUGGUUACCAGCAUGUGUUGUAGUGUCAGAACGAUUUAAACUUGGUAUUUUAUCUCCUGCGAAUUUUAUAACACGAAAAAUUGUUAGACCUUUACGAUUAUUUGGAGAUAAAAUAACAAUAGGUUUUAAUUCUUUUCUUAUAAAGAUAGUUAUUAAUUUUCGAUGGUGCUGGUUGUUCAGUUUGGGUAUUGUAGCAAUAAUAUGCUGUAUUAUUGUUUUCCAAUAUCCUGGUUUACAAUUGCCAGAUACUGCUGAUUUCCAAUUAUUUGAUAGUUCUCAUCCAUUUGAAAAAUAUGACUUGAUAUAUGCUCGAAAAUUUUGGUUUGAGAAACAUGAAACAAUUGAUAAUGGAGAUAUGUUGCCAUUAAGAUUUGUAUGGGGCGUUAAACCAAUCGAUAAUGGUAAUUAUUUAGAUCCUGGUUUAAUUGGUACUCCAGAAUGGGAUGAAUCUUUUGAUGUAUCUCAUCCAGAAUCACAAUUAUGGCUUGAAAAAUUUUGCUAUGAUUUACGAGCACAACCUUUUUAUCGUAAUACGUUAGGACCUUUACUUCCUAACUGUUUUAUUGAAUCAUUACGUAAAUGGAUGCAAAGACGUUGUGAAGACCCCAUUGAUCCACAUAUUAAUUAUAUGCCAUGUUGUGAAAAAAGUAAAUUUCCAUAUAAUUCAACUACUUUGCAACGAUGUGCAGCUGAAGCUAAUGCAGGAUUAUAUCGUACUCCUUCAUAUUUAUGGGUUCGCAAUGGUGUUUUUGCUGGUUUAAAAUUUUUGAGAGAACCAAAUUCAACACAAUUACAAAUAUCAAAUGAAACAAAUUCAGUAACAAUGCCAACACUUAAAAUUAAAGCUUUAAUUGUUGAAUAUGAUAGCAUAUAUAAUUAUAGUCUUUCUUUUUCAAAUAUGGAUCAAUUUUUUCAUCAGGUUGAAACAUGGAUGCAAAAUCAAUUAAAAAAUGCUCCAUUAGGAAUGCGUGGUGGUUGGUUUGUUAGUAGAUUAGAAUUUUAUGAAUUACAACGAACAUUAUAUGAAGGUACUCUUUGGGCAAUGGGAGUUUCAUUGAUUCUAGCUCUCAUAGUAUUGGCUUUUGUGACAUUUAAUCCUCUUAUCAGUCUAUAUGCAAUUAUAACAAUUGGUGCAGCAAUUACAGUAACAAUUGCUGGUUUGAUUCUUCUUGGUUGGAAAUUAAAUGUUUUAGAAAGUAUUACAGUAUCUACAGCAAUAGGUUUAACUGUAGAUUUUAGUUUACAUUACGUAGUAAGUUAUAGAGCAUGUACUUCUAAAGAGAGAGAAGACAGAGUAAAAACAGCUCUUACACAAAUGGGUGGUCCAACUUUAAUGGCUUGUCUUACAACUGGUGCUGCUGGUGCUCUCAUGCUACCUUCAUGUGUAUUAGCAUAUAUUCAAAUUGGUAUAUUUUUAUUACUAGUAAUGGGAAUAAGUUGGAUAUAUGCUACUUUUUUUUUGUGUCCAAUAUUAUCAGUUAUAGGUCCAUCAUCUCAUUUCGCUCAAUUUCAAUAUCCUAGAGCUGAACACAAUAUUAGCAGCUUAGGUAUGAAUCGCUGGUUAGAAGCCCUUUGGGAACCAGCUGCCAAAUUGUACACUUUACCAAAUGGAUUAGACAUGCUCGAUGUGAGCGGCGAUGGAGAUGCUAGGCUUGUCUGUGCUGAUUUGGGAGCUCUCGACAUCAAUUCGCCUAAGAUACGAGUUUACAAAGGAGGCGAUCAGAUAACGGAGCACAACAUGGUGGAUCUGCCCUGUGGGGUGGUCGGUUUUUACACGCAAAAUGGGGAACCUCGAUCCUCCGUAGUGGCAGUGGGUGUUGGCUCUAGCGUCUACAUCUUUAAAAACAUGAGACCCUACUUUAAAUACUGUUUGCCGCACAUCGAGGCACAUCCAAAAGAACGAGAGAUUUGGCACAAGGCUGGAUUGGACGAGGAAUUGAACGUGCUCACGUUAGCCGACGAAUUGGAUCUGUUGUUGAAGGAAGUUGGGGCUGGAUUUAUUUCACCGAGAACGUUGAAAUUCUUAUGCAUGGAUAAGAAUUUGAGAGCUAGCUUCGCAGAACAGUACAGAAGGAUCCCGCUCGUUAAAAGUAACGCCUUAACUGCGAUUUCUGUGAUUCGAAGAGAUUCGUGGAACGAUCCGGCAAGUAGUUGCCUCGUGCUUGGUACGGAAUUUGGAGAAAUACUUAUAUUGGAUCCUCGAACGUUCUCCAUUAUGGAUAAACAUUUAUUGCAAUGGCCACCGGUUGCUUUUGCGUGUAUAGGUUUGUGGGCAGGCGAUGGAAGAAUAUUAAUUAUCGGAAGGGACGGUAAAAUUGGCGUGAUAAGGAGAGGAAGUUCCGUCAAACAUUGGGAAAAAUUAUCGUCACCUGCUGUAGCCAUUUCAGCCCUCAAUAACGAGGGCGUCGCUGUUACCACGAUGGAUGGCACUUUGAUCGGUUUCUCCAGAAAGGGAAUUAAACUUUGGCACGUCCGCGUUCCGGGAGCAAUUUUGGAUUCGAUAAGCUUACCAGUUCCUCAAAUCGGACUCUCGUUGCUUGCUGUGAGCACAGCUGGAUAUGGUAUCCGUGUGUACGAUGGAAAGCAUCACGUAGACACGUUGAAGAUUAUGGAACCAGUUUCAGCUAUGAAGUACGGCAAAAUGGGUCAAGAAGAGCGAACAAUGGCGAUGGUCACCGUAGGAGGUGGCCUCUGCGUGAAGAUUUUGAAACGCACCGCCGAUUUCAGUAUUCACAACCCAAUGUCCGAUCUACCGAUCAACGACGGCUCCAAGUUUCUGAUACCGAAGAAAACUCGACUGUUCGUCGAGCAAACGAUACGCGAAAGAUCGGAGGCGAAGAAGAUACACACUACUUUUCAACAGGGUCUACUUCGAUUGAGAUUAAUGGUAGCCAAGAAGGUAGUCGAAUCUUUGAACGACGGUCAAGACGCUGGAUCGCACUCUCUCACCGUGGAAGCUACAGUUUUAGGAUUGGGACCGCAUUAUCAAAUCCGCAUUUUGUUGACGAAUAUAUCCGACGAAUUGUCCGACACGGAUCUGUACAUCGUUUGCAGGAGCGAGAACAUAGAAGUGAAACCACGUCUGAUGGACGUGCCUCUUUUGCCGAGCGGUGUUCCAAUUCCAUUUGUCGUUAACGCGAUUUUGAACGGUAGAAUAUCGGGAAGGAUGGAGAUUUUGGUGUGUAAGAAGUCGAGAACGAAACCAGUCACAGUAACGACAGUGGUUUUACCUGCUCCUGAAGAAGAUAUUGAAGUUUAAUAUAUUAAUGAAGAUAUCUAAAGUCUUGGAACCUGUAGAAAUCUGUGAGAGAAAAUUUGUAUCUAUGUAUUUUAUUUAAAUGUACAUUUUAAAAAUGUUUA